ACCAUCUGGGCCCCAUCUGUCCUCCCUCACGGCACCCUCGGCACCUUGAGCCACCACCCCCAGCUACAUUUUGGAAGAAAGAUGGAGUCCAAGGUCUCAGAAGGUGGCCUGAACGUGACGCUGACCAUCCGCCUGCUGAUGCACGGAAAGGAAGUUGGCAGCAUCAUCGGGAAGAAAGGAGAGACUGUGAAAAAGAUGCGUGAAGAGAGCGGGGCAAGGAUCAACAUCUCGGAAGGAAACUGCCCAGAAAGAAUCGUGACCAUCACAGGCCCGACAGACGCCAUCUUCAAGGCCUUUGCCAUGAUCGCCUACAAGUUUGAGGAGGACAUCAUCAACUGCAUGAGCAACAGCCCGGCCACCAGCAAGCCCCCGGUGACGCUGAGGUUGGUGGUCCCCGCCAGCCAGUGCGGGUCCCUGAUCGGCAAAGGCGGCUCCAAGAUCAAGGAGAUCAGGGAGUCCACAGGUGCCCAGGUCCAGGUGGCCGGGGACAUGCUGCCCAACUCCACGGAGCGGGCAGUGACCAUCUCGGGGACCCCCGAUGCCAUCAUCCAGUGUGUCAAGCAAAUCUGUGUGGUCAUGCUGGAGUCCCCACCGAAAGGUGCCACCAUUCCCUACCGCCCAAAGCCCGCCUCCACCCCUGUCAUUUUUGCAGGUGGUCAGGCCUACACGAUCCAGGGACAGUACGCCAUCCCCCACCCAGAUCAGUUGACCAAGCUCCACCAGCUGGCCAUGCAGCAAACCCCCUUUCCUCCCCUCGGACAGACCAACCCCGCUUUCCCCGGAGAAAAGCUGCCUUUACACUCCUCCGACGAAGCUCAAAAUCUGAUGGGCCAGUCGUCAGGUCUGGACGCCAGCACCCCCGCCAGCACUCACGAGCUCACCAUUCCCAAUGAUCUAAUAGGCUGCAUAAUUGGACGCCAGGGGACCAAAAUCAAUGAAAUUCGACAGAUGUCUGGAGCUCAGAUCAAAAUCGCCAAUGCCACGGAGGGGUCGUCAGAGCGCCAGAUCACCAUCACGGGGACCCCGGCCAACAUCAGCCUUGCCCAGUACCUCAUCAACGCCAGGCUGACGUCCGAGGUCACCGGGAUGGGCGCGCUCUAA